AAGGUGCACCUGGGGGGCUGUGGGCCUUGGAGACCUGGGCACUUCUUUGCUCCCUCCCAGCCCCCAGUGGGGGUUUCGGCCUUGCAGAGGUGUGAAGCACUUCCCUCUAGCUUGUCUCCUGCCUCGGUCCUCUCCUCUCCUUCAUCACCCAAGAUUGUGGCUCUGCCCCAGCCCAGAGGGGUUAGUCACCUAAAAGGGACAGUUACCGAGGCAGGGGUGACGGAGCAGAGUAGUUGUGAGAAUCCCAUCACAACAGCUGGAGAGGGGAACUCGGGACUGUGGAGUCCUCCAGCCAGGCGCCCUGGCGGGGCUGGGGUUGGAGUCACUGCCCACGAACAGGGCUACCUGGCCGGUGGGACCGCGGAGGAGGGGCUGUGGCGCCUGCUCCCAGUGGGGCAGAGGCGGAAUGUGCCCAGGUCCCUGCUCCCUUCCGGUCUCCCUCGCUUCUUUGUUUGGGAGCUGCCACUCCUUGCUGGCGCCGACCGCUUUCCGUGCUGCAGCGGUUCCACGCAGCAGACCCCUGUGCAGCAGCGGGGCUGCUUUAGCUCUUCCUGGGGUGUCGCGGUCCGGCCGCAGCUGGGUCCAGGGGCUCCUGAAAGAACAAAUGCCUCAGGAGUCUGUCGCCGUGGGGUGGGAUGGGCCAGGCCCAGCGAGUCACUGUGUCCUGCUGGUCCCCCAGGAGCUGGUGAGCAAGCUGCUGCACCUGCACUUCAAGGACGACAAGACCAGAGUCAGUGGGGACGCGCUGCUGCUCACUGCGGAGCUGCUGAAGGUCUUUGUCGUGGAGGCAGCCAUCCGCAGCGUUCGGCAGGCGCAGGCCGAGGACCUGGCCUGUGUGGACGUGGACCAGCUGGAGAAGGUGCUGCCUCAGCUGCUCCUGGACUUCUAGGGUGCCCACCCUCGCUGGGCCGCCUGUCCCGCUCAGCCCAGUCCCACGCCCACAGGUCUGGGGCUUCUGUCUUCAGACGGCAACAAGGCUGCCGGUCC